CAGUGUGGCCUUGUCUUUCAUCCGUGUUUGCAUUUUUUUGUGCCCCGCGGAUUUUCUGUCGCAAAUUUCGAGCCGCUGUCAACCUCUCGCCACCUAUCGAUCGUCGUCAAGUUAGGUAGUUAUCCAAGUCGCCGAGCUCCAGUAAAACAUCAUCAUGGCUGGCCAAGGUCUCGUCGCCGUCGGCGUUCCGCCGCAGCCUCUCUGGCUCCUCUACAUUAAGAUUGCCGUCCUGGUCCUCUCCCUCAUCGUCCUGGCCCUCGCGGCCUAUUCGCUAUCCAUUUUGCCCUACGGCUUCGGCUCCGGCGCUGGCGGGUUGGAUAUCUUUGUUGCCGUUCUGAACUUCAUCGUUUACGGCGCUACCGGUGCCAUCGAGCUCUGGGCCCCCCAGCUCUUCUACCGCGUCGGCGCCCUCGUCGGCUACAUCCUCUCCGUCGUUUUCUGGCUUUCCGCCUGGGCUUGGUCGGCCAACAACGCAUCCGCUUGGAUGGCUUUGGCCAAUUUAGGGGCUGGGACUGAAUCAAUCGGCGGCGCCCUCGCUGGCUGUGCUGGUCUCGGCGCCAUUGCUUGGGUUCUCGUCAUUGUGCACCUCGCCUUCUUCAUCCGCGCCUGCGUCGUCGACGGCGCCGCCGGCUCUGGGCAGGCCGAGCUCGGCCAAGUCAAGCCCGAGCAGUACCAGCAGCCCUACCCUGCUCAGCAGCAACCCUAUCCUGCUCAGCAACCCUAUCCCGCCCAGCAGCCGUAUCCCGCCCAGGAACCGUACCCCGCUCAGCCCUAUGCUCAGCCGCAGCAGCAGCAGCAGCCGUACCCCCCUCAGUAAACGGCUGCUGGUUCGGGUGGUGUGUUUUUUACCUUGUUGAUGAGUGCAGCGGAUGCUUAAUGUGGGCGGGUUUGUCGGACGGCAAUGAGCGGGCGGCCGCAAUUGGUUUCGCGGCAUUUUGG